CAGCCCUGCCUCCUUUGCUGCAGAAUAUGUUCAGGGAUCCCCCUCCAUAAUCACCCUAACCCUCCGAGCACUUUGUAGUUUGGGAAAGAAAUAAUAAGCGGGCUCCUCUUUGCAAGCGGGGAUCUGUUGGGGCUUCUUUCUCUCUCUCUCUCUCUCUCUUUUUUUUUUCUCCCCCUCUUUUUUUUUUUUUUUUUGCUUCCUCCCUCCGAGCCCGGGGAGAAAACAGCAGCAGCAGCAGCGCUGAAGCCGCUCCGAGCCCAUUCCCCGGUUCCUCUGCCGGGGAGGAAACUCCGCUCCGUCCGCCCAACAGAGGGAAAGGGGGGAGAGGCGAGAGAGGAGCGGCGAGAAAAAAAAAAAGGCAGCUCGAAAGACAAUCUGCUUCAUCUCAUCUUGUCAUCAUUCCAGGAAAGCGGUAUCCCCGGGGCUCUCUCUGCUAACAGUGACAUGGUACAGAAGAUUUAAAAUCAGCUGAUGUUCACAAGGAAAAGAGUCACGUGAUGUAUGAAGGCAAACACAUACACUUUUCUGAGGUUGACAAUAAGCCACUGUGCUCGUACAGUCCCAAACUGUGCAAGCAGCGGCGACUCAACGGCUACGCCUUCUGUAUCCGGCAUGUUUUGGAAGACAAGACCGCCCCUUUCAAGCAAUGUGAAUAUGUGGCCAAGUACAACAGCCAACGUUGCACCAACCCCAUCCCCAAAUCUGAGGACCGCAGGUAUUGCAACAGUCAUCUACAGGUUCUCGGGUUUAUCCCGAAAAAAGAAAGGAAGAAAAAGAAUGAUCCAGCAGAAGAGGUGAAAGUCCGACAUCAGAUGGAUUCCAUGGCUUUUAGUUUGACGGUUCCCCCGCUGGCCUUGAAGAUGCCCAACGGAUUGGACGGGAUGUCCCUCUCUCCGCCGGGGGCUCGGCUUCCUCUGCAUUACCUGGACGCAGAUUUAGAAGACCCCUUUGCUUUCAACGAGGAAGACGAGGAUCUCAAGAAAGGGGCGACCGUGAAGAAGAAGCUGCAGAGCAAGCUAGCCCAAAACCGACAGCGCCAGAAAGAGACGGAGAUUCUGAGAGUUCGCCAAGAGCACUUUAGCCCCCUUCCUGCACCUUCCCAGCAGCCUCUGCAGCCGCCGCCGCCGCUCUCUCAUCUCUCACCUUUACCGACUGCUUUAAAGCCAGCAGGGCUACCGCAGGGCUUGGUCUGCAAGUCACCUCAACCUCAGAACACCAGCCUACCAAUGCAGGGAGUGGCGCCCACCACACACACUAUAGCACAAGCCAGGCAGCUGUCAAACAAGAGACCCCUGCCUCUCCCGGAACCCAUCAGGGCUCCGGCCCCAGACCCGCCUAGGGCCGACAGGAUCCUCAUGAAAGCCACCGCCUUCUCUCCGCACUCGUCCUGCAUGAGCCGGCUACAGAGACUGGUGAAACUGUGCACUCAGAAACAGCAGCUGGAUGCUGAUCUGUUUCCACAUUUAGGGUUGGACUGGUCUGAAGACAGUGGCGAAGAAUGGGAAGAAUGGGAGCAAAGUUCACCGUACCAGGUUGCCUGGUCUAUCCGAGAAGCCCUCAGAUAUGAAAGGAGUCAGUUGGAUGACAACGACGAUGCCAGCGGCCGGCGUUCCCGCAUUUCCCAACUUUGCACUUACUUCCAGCAGAAAUACAAGCACCUCUGCCGCCUGGAGCGAGCAGAAUCACGCCAGAGGAAAUGCCAACACACGUUCCGGAAAGCGUUGCUGCGGGCAGCCAGCAGAGAGCCGGAAUGCGCUGGACAGUUGAUACGAGAACUCCAGAGAGCUUCGUGUGGUCGGACCAGCACAAGAGAAGUGAAGCAGAGGGACGCGUCGCCGUGUAGUGGAACCACGAAGGGUGAACCAUGCAUCAACAAUGCCCUCCCGUUCACGAAACAUUGUUUUCAGCAUAUCCUCUUGAACCGUUCACAGCAGCUUUUCUCAAGCUGCACAGCCAAGUUUGCUGAUGGACAGCAAUGCUCGGUGCCAGUUUUUGACAUUACGCAUCAGACGCCCCUGUGUGAAGAACACGCCAAAAAAAUGGAUAGCUUCUUGCGCGGAGACAGCUCCCGCAGAGUUCAGCACCAGCAGCAGAGGAAGCCCAGGAAAAAAACAAAACCACCUGCACUCACCAAAAAACACAAGAAGAAGAGAAGGCGGGGGCCACGGCGACCCCAAAAACCGAUUCCUCCUGCUGUACCCCAAGGAAACCUCAGUAUGCCCACCAGCGUCUCACUGCCAAUGGAGAUCUCCCAUAUACGGAGCCCUUCCACGCCAGAGCUGAGUACGGACGAGCUGCCCGAUGACAUCGCCAACGAAAUCACAGACAUUCCACACGACCUCGAGCUGAACCAGGAGGACUUUUCCGACGUCCUUCCGAGACUGCCUGAUGACUUGCAAGAUUUCGAUUUUUUUGAAGGUAAAAAUGGAGAUCUCCUUCCAACUACUGAAGAGGCCGAGGAGCUGGAGCGGGCCCUGCAGGCAGUAACUUCUCUAGAGUGCCUGAGUACGAUUGGAGUGCUCACACAGACCGACGGCGUGCCGGUUCAGGAGCUCUCGGACAGAGGGAUAGGGGUGUUCUCCACAGGGCCGGGGACUCCUGGGAUGCAGUCCUUGAGCCGAGAGGUCAACGCGGAACUUGGCGAGCUGCUGAACGGGCGCAUCGUCCACAAUGACAAUUUCUCGAGCCUGGACCUGGACGAGAGCUUGCUCCGUUCCGCUACCUUAUCCAAUCCACCGACGCCCCUGUCAGGGCAGAUUCAGGGGCAGUUCUCUGCCCCAGCCAACGUUGGCCUUACUUCUGCCACUCUGAUCAGCCAGAGUGGGCUCGGGGAGAGAGCCUUCCCCGGACAGUUCCAAGGACUUCACGACGGCAGCCAUGCCUCCCAGAGGCCACACCCUGCCCAGCUGCUAAGCAAGGCAGACGACCCAAACACCUCACGACAGCAAUACAGCAGCGACCAUUCACACUCCUCACCCCACGGAAGCCAUUACGACAGCGAGCACGUGCCGUCUCCCUACAGCGACCACAUCACGUCCCCCCACACCGCCUCCUACUCCGGCGACAACUUGGCAGCUACUUUUUCCACGGAGAUGCCCAUCAUAGCACAGCACUUGCUACCGUCGCCGCUCGAGGUGCCGCUCGGCGGGGUGGUGAACCCCAGGACUCACUGGGGGAGCCUCCCCGUCAACCUCGGCGACCCUUCUCCGUUCAGCAAUCUCCUCGGCGCAGACGGACACCUCCUUUCCACCUCCUUGUCCACGCCGCCUACCACGUCGCACUCAGAGACCACGCAGCCUGCCUUCGCCACUGUGACCCCCAACAGCUCCAGCGUGCUCCCCGGGUUACCGCAGACCAGUUUCAGUGGCAUGGGGGCUGCGUCUUCUGAACUCUUGGCCUCCACCUCCCCCAAGCAGCAGCUUCCGCAGUUCAGCGCCGCCUUCGGCCACCAACUAAGCUCACACAGUGGCAUUCCCAAGGACCUGCAGCCCAGCCACAGCUCUAUAGCGCCCCCAACAGGAUUCACAGUAACAGGUGCCACAGCUACUAGUACCAAUAACGGAUCUGCUCCCUUCCCCACCUCCAGUUGAGCUCGUCUGUGUGAAUUUCAGACGACCGGGGACCCCGCGUGCCCCCCCUUCCGCUCCUGUCUUCUCUUUCCUCGUUUUUGUCAUCCCCCUUUUUUUACGAGACAAUUUUUUUAUUAAAUAAAAAAAAGAGGGGGCUAAGAAUAAAAGUCCUGAUUCAGUACAGACCAGGGUCCCCCCGUUGCUCGGCUCUGCUCUAACGAUCUUUUGUGCUGUUUAUGUAUUGGUGCUCAUUUACUUCUGGCAGGUUCACUAUGCCCCAGUUUAAAUACCCCCUAAGGAAUACGCAGCACAGUUGCUGGAUGUAAUUGACCUUAGAUCGAGAAAGGAGAAGAUACCUCAGAUAAAACUAAUGCAAGUUCUUGUUUCCCUAAAGUUCAGAUCAGAGCUUUCAGUCCCACUCGCAUUUAGGGAGACGGGGGGGGGGGGGGGCAGGGAAUCGCUUUAUUACAUAUUUAAAGGCGCAGAUGGGAUGGAAGACCAUCCUUCCGAUUUGGUCAUUGGGCACUGUAGAAUGACGCCAAGACCGUUGUUGAGUUAUUCUGUCGACGGUGGGCUUCUGGCUUCCUCAAGCGUAAGGGGUGUGUAUGUGCGUGUAUUUGGUGGGCACCUUACAAUUCUGUUCUUUUUCUUUUCCUCGGAAGAGUUCCUCUGAAACCAGUGACUGUUCCAACUGCAUACUAAGUCAUUUCUUACAACAGAAUCUAAUAAACUGGUAGAGAAUUGGAUUGGGAGAACAUCAGGUUUUGGGUUGAGGCUGUAUAAGCUUGCUAUUAAAAAGAUUAGAAUGGGAGGAGGGAAGAGAGAGAAGGAAUGUAUUGUCGAAGGCUUUCACGGCCGGAAUCGCUGGCAUGUUUUGUGGUUUCCGGGCUGUAUGGCCGUGUUCCAG